GCUAAAUUUAAAAAUUAAAAAAGUACCCGCCAAAACCUCCGCCAUGCUAUUAGAUCCAAAGAAUCUUGUUUUCUCUUCACUUUCCUUCACUUUCUCGCGCUUUCUUUUCUGCCAAACACCCAAAACAGGUAAAAUUAGAGUUUAGGGGGUAGUGAAAGUGUUAAUCUUUAGAAGAUGCACGGGAGAAAGGCGUACGAGCUGGUAAAAGAGUUUGCCAGUGGUGAAAAAGGGCAUCUCAAGAUUUUCAACAAUGAGCUGUUUGAACGAGUAAUUGAACAAUGCAAUGAACAUCACAAUGCACUUCAGUCAUUAAUACGGAAAAUGCAAGAGGAGGGACUGGAAGUUCAAACAGCUAGAACUGCAGACCACUAUGGAGCACUCAUCCACCACCUUUCUUUAAUUCGCAACAAGCGUUGCCUAAUGGCAUAUGUGUACAACCGAGCAGAAAUUAUACGAGAUUUGGCAUGGAAGGUAGGGUUGCUUCAUGAACUUCCACAUGAAAUUCAAGAGAAGUUCAGUGACUCAGAGGAGCAAUAUUUCAAAGAUCAUUCUAAAUCUUUGAAAUUAUACAUGUCACAACUGAGCCUUGAUGUGAAUGUGGAUAUGGUGCCUCCGAAAGAUCCCUACAUCAAAGUAAGAGUCCUCGAAGAUUUGGGUAGCGGAAUAAUUCUCAGCGAUAAAUCUGCCAAUUUUGCUCGCCACUCAAUGCACUUUCUCAAACGAACUGAUGCUGAGCAAUACAUUGCACGGGGCUUAAUGGAGGAGCUGACAAGCUAAACCUGAAAAGGGUCUUUCUAUGAUGCCUUCUCCCUCUUCUUUAGGAUAAAGAUGUUUCAUACUGAUAUGUAUUUAGUAGCAGUUACAGUAGCCUAAUACCAGACCUGUUUGCUCAUUCACUCUUAAGUGCAUUCAGGGCUGGGCAAAGACAGAUGUAACUUGAACAAGAAAAAAGAGAAAAUUAAGAUAAAGAAAUAAGCUAAAUUAUUCCAUUUUUGUUUUUUUAGAUAUUGAUGAAAUGAUCUAAUUUGUUUGGCAUUUGGUGGCAUCAAUAUCAUGGAUGAUAGUGCCUGUUUCAACUCCAUAAAGGUAAAACUUUAAAUGAGGUGGAGUUGGCUAU